AUGCGUGUUAAGGAACGCCAAUACAAGCUUCUUGAGGAGAAAAAGAUCGAUCACGAAGGAUUGAGAAGCCUAUUCGACGAAGACCAGUUGGUGGUGUUCCGCGAGCUACGGGACGAGUGGGUCGUUGCCCGGGUGCGUUUCUUUAGAGGGCUAACGUUAUCCCGGGAGAGUAGUACCGAAACGGUGAAUUUGGAAUGUGAAGCCAUUGAAUUUGACGGCAAAAGUUUUAGAUGUCGCGUGCACCAGCCGAGAGUCGCAAAAUUCACGGGCACCAAGAACAUUACAGAACUGGAGGUAUACCCGUUAUCCUACCAUUCCGACCGACUGGAACUCAUUAGGGGAUCGAUCGAAUCGGGGAGGUGGCGCCAGUUAUGUAACCAGCUAGUAACUCAAGAUGGAACCCGACGACCUGCAGCGACAGUCAUGCAGUAUGUUGGAUAUUGCGAGAUGUCUGGGAUGCGGGUUGAAAGAAGAGGCAUUGAAGAAGGUAGAAAUGAAAUUGACACUGGAAGAGAAAUAUCAGGCAGAGUCAUAGUAGACCCUACAAAGUUUCCUGCCCGGAAGAUAUUGUUUACGAAGCAUAACGUCGACCCUUUCGCCCCCACCGGAAAGCCCGAAGGCGACCCUCUAGAAAAUGACCCUUUGCUUCUAUGCCCUACAAAGGUUCUCGUAUAUAGCCUUAGCGAUAACGCUUGGUAUUACGUCGCGAUGCGCAAACUAGAGAACCCCACCUGGGUCGACAAUGCUUGGAAGCGCCUAGUCAAGCCUGGCUCGAAGUUCGCCGACAAAUCUAUUGAACGUAUUAGGCUUCUCGCAAAAGCCCAUGCGGAUAUCGAUAGAUCGAGACAGAUGGACGGGAGUUUUGAUAAUUUUCGAGGAAAGGGGAAAGGGUUGACCUUUCUAUUGCAUGGACCCCCCGGGGUUGGCAAAACGAUGCUGGCGGAAUGUCUCCGAGGAGCACGAGAGGCCGCUAUACAGACUUAA